GAAGAAGCCGUUUUCGAAUUCCUUGAGCCGCAGCUUACAACUUCUAGCUUGUUGUUCAUCUGAUUGUUUCGACAUCUACCUGGAAGGAUUUCAGUUUCCAUUAAGACGUGACUAUAACUAAAUAGUUGACGUGUAAUUUUUAUGUUCGGCUGACUACCUAAGCGUCAUUUUAUCGUUUAUUCGUCAGGAGGAGAUCUCCUAGUCAGGUUGCUAACUUCCUUCGCGGUUAACGUUACUGAGCUUUGUGUUAGCAUGUCCGGAGGAGGUGUUGUUCGUGGACCCGCUGGGACUAACGACUGUCGUAUAUACGUGGGAAAUCUCCCACCAGACAUCCGCUCAAAGGACGUUGAAGACUUGUUUUACAAAUAUGGCUCCAUUCGUGAUAUUGAUCUGAAGAACCGGAGAGGAGGACCGCCGUUUGCCUUUGUGCAGUUCGAGGACCCGAGGGAUGCUGAGGAUGCUGUUUACGGCCGUGAUGGUUAUGACUACGAUGGAUACCGACUGCGUGUUGAGUUUCCAAGAAGUGGAAGGGGAGGAGGAGGAGGAGGAGGAGGAGGCGGAGGAGGUGGUGGUGGAGGAGGUGGAGGUGGUGGUGGUGGUAGUGGAGCAAUGGGACCCCCGAGGGGAAGGUAUGGUCCCCCGUCCCGACGCUCUGAGUACAGGGUUGUUGUGUCAGGUCUUCCCCCCAGUGGAAGCUGGCAGGACCUGAAGGAUCACAUGCGAGAGGCAGGUGAUGUAUGUUAUGCUGAUGUGUACCGUGAUGGCACCGGAGUAGUGGAGUUUGUGCGCAAGGAAGACAUGACCUACGCUGUCCGUAAACUGGACAACACCAAGUUUCGCUCUCAUGAGGGAGAGACGGCCUACAUUCGUGUGAAGACGGACGGACCUCGCAGCCCCAGCUAUGGUCGUUCUCGCUCUCGCUCUCGCUCUCGUAGCCGCAGUCGAAGCCGGAGCAAGAGCGGGUCUCGCAGCUACUCUCCUCGACGCAGCAGAGGGUCUCCACGUUACUCUCCCCGGCGAUCCCGCUCCCGCUCCCGCACCUAGAUCUUGCAUCUCACCUUAACUAAAGCAAUGGUGUACCUAAGAGCUGAAGAGGAAAUUUUCACAUCACUUAUCAAAUCCAAUCCUGUACACUGACCAUGGAUCAUCUCCUGUGUUACCUGUUUGUACUGUCAUAUUGUGUGUUCCCUUUCCACCCCCCUUUUUUUUUUCUUUUUUUUUUUUGCAGUUUUUUUUUUUUUUGCAGUUUUCUUUGUAUUUCUCAGUUCUGCAGACCAGAUGUACACAAACCAGAUGUCUGGUCUGUGUACAUGGCCCCGUUUCACUCUUGAUCUGCCGUGCUUCCCCUUUUCCAUUUUCACAAACAUUGCGUUUCUGCUAACCAUCUUUUUCUCUUUUCUAUUCUUUUUCUUCUGAUUGUCCUCGUGUGCUUUGUUUUGUUUCGUUUGUAAAGAUUUUGCUUCUUCUAAGCAUAUACUGCUGUCCUUUGACCUUCUUGUGUGUCUCUCUGUAGAGUUCAGAGGAACAGGAUAGGAUGGAAACAGAGGAAACAGUUCAUAUUAGGAUAAACAGGAGGAGGAGGAGUCAAAUAUGGCACCAAUGGUUUGGACUGGGCUCAUUGUCUCCCCAUUCCGGAGCCGGAUCAGGAUUCAGGAUCAGAUCAGGAUUAGGAUUAGGCUUCAGGAUGGAUACAUGGAGCAUGGGAGCAUUUUACUGGGAGAGGAUCCCGACCCCUGGCCCUGUCCACAUAACCCCAUCAAACCAGAGACAUUGUAGUGAAAGUUUCAAACUAAAUUGGCUUUCAAAUAAUCCAAAUUAAUUUUUCCAAUUUCUGUUGGACCUCAGAGACAGUUACUGGCGGCAACGUGACGAGCAAUUUAUUUUUCAUAUAUUUUUUUUUUUAUUAUUAUAAAUGAGAAGAGCAAAGCUUGGAUCACAACCAGGAGGAGGGCUGGGAGGUGCAGGAUGGAUCCACACACGUAAGGAGAGUGGUAAAUAGUGGGCAACCAUUAACAGUGGAGGAGGGAGGGAAGAGGGAGGACUGGGAAGCGACAAGGGAAUGUGACCUUAAUGUGGUUUGUAUCUUUUUUCUCUUAAGUGAGUCUUUUCCAGAGGAGAAUGAUUUCUGAUUUUCUUAAGUAUAAUCUUCAGUAUCUCAAAGCUUUAUUCUCUUUUAAUAAAACUUUCAAUAACAUUAGAAAA